CUGGUCAAGAUUCGAGACUCUAUUACCACCGCUAUACCAUACUCUGUCGCUCUUGUGGCAUUCGCCGAUGACUUCGUCUACACGAGUGGCAUGCUGUGCUAUACAGUUGGCCGCGAAUCGCUCCGCCUCCUCGACCUCCACAAAUCUGCGGACACCGAGAUCGUCAUCGAUACCCGCGUCUUACUUCAAUCUGUCCCGGAGCAGAACUUCGGCAAUAGCAACUACAAAUUUCGCCCGAUACAUUACGCUGAUGGCAUCGUAUCUUGCCUUUAUAUUCCUCCUAGAACUGAAGGUCGUAGCCACCUCCUUGUGAUCGACAUCGGAACGAGACAACUCCUCACAUGCCACCGUCUCGAAUCUCAUCAAAAGCUAUUUGUGCGCAAUGAUGGGGAUCAUUUAUAUUACGGCACUCACUCGCUGGUGGGUGACGACGGCUUCAAGCGGUGGGUUCUGAAGCGUUUCAGCAUCCUCGACAAGAAGUGGGGUCCUGGUCAUCUAGACCUUGAAGAUCUCGUUGGCUCCGACAUUGGAGCCACUGUCUGCUUUGAGAUCAUUGAUGGCUAUUUCUAUGGUCUCUCCAGUCUGACCAGUUUUGAGGUUUAUGAAACCGAUUGGACUUCAAUCUACUACGGGUUCCGCUUCCCGGUUGGGAGUUCAUGCCCACGAGACAUGGAACUGACAUCAAAAAAGGAUAUGUGGCGACGUCAACAAAAUGAAGGUCCAAUUGAUGAUCGAUGGAGCACUUUGGGCCUCGAAAAGGAUCCGGCCACGGGAAAGUUCAUGGUUGUGGAAUGCCGACGAGAAUAUCUUGUUGACGAUUGUUCCAGCACGAGAACUAGCUACAGAACAGAGCUUGAGUUCUCCAACGAGGACGAAGACAAUCUUGAAGAGGAGGGAGAUGCUCAGGCAAGGACACACCCCUCUUCGCUAACUCACAGAGGCGACAGUGGCUCAACAACACCAUCAAUCACUCUCACUCACUGCUUCAUACGAUCAUAUAACAAGUCCUGUGAAACUUUUAUUGACUUGGUCAACGACCCUAUUGCAGCCGAGUCGAUGGCACAGAGACCUCAGCUACGCUCAAUAUCCCGCUUGCGGCAGGGCGAAAUUUCUCAGCGACAAGGGGAGUCGUUGACCAACACCACUAAUAAUAUCUCAUGGUGGCUACCAGAGAAUAAUGCCCAACAACGCAACGCAAAGCUCGACGAGUUGGAUUACAUCCUCAAUCCCAGGGGCAAGAGCCAACAAAAUGUCAUCUCAGGGGUGAUGGAUGACCGUUCCAUCGUCUAUGCUGUCGGCCCACGCAGCUCUCAAAGCAAGCGACCUUUGGUAUUCAUUUCUUUCGACCCUUCCAUCAAGCUUCGGGGACUCGAUCACUGGCCCGGUGGCCCAAGAACAGCGCCUGUACCCUCGGGCGAUCACAAGAAGACAGAAGCGAAUCCCACCCCGCAGUCCAUACCCGCCUCCGCUCCUGCAGUAAGCACUCCCGGCCCAUCAAAGUUGGGAGCGGACCCCAUAUCAGAGACAGGCAAGCCGGAGCUUCCUGCGUGGGGGACAGCUCCAGCCAUGUACUCGGAAAUGCGCACUCUCGGAACACCUAGUGGCUUCGAUUUCGCAUAUCACGGGAGCUAG